AUGUUGUUUAGUAGUGGAUGUAUUGUUGUGCUUGUCUACCUCUUUCUGUCUCCAACAGUUCGUUCACGUAACCAUGCAGAAACUGAAAGCAGCAUGGAAAAAUCACUUAUUCGUGUGAUAUUAGAACGUUAUAAGCAAAAUGGUGUCGUUGGAAGACCUGUGAAUAAUAGUCGUGUGAAAAUGGUCGUUCAGUAUGGUCUCCAAAUGAUUCAACUCCUUGGGCUUGACGAAAAUAAACAAGUUUUAAGGACAAAUUGUUGGGCUGUAUAUAGAUGGAGUGAUUCUUUAUUGAAAUGGAAUGCAAGUCAGUAUGGUGGUAUUAAAGAAUUGAGGAUAUUUCCACAUCAAAUAUGGACACCUGAUAUUAAACUCUAUAAUUUUGCAGAUGAACGUUUACAAGAAUUUCGAGAAGGUCGUUUAGUGGUAGAUAGCAGUGGCAAUAUACUGUGGAUUCAGCAGGCAUUAUUCAGAAGCACAUGCCAAGUUGAAAUUACAUACUUCCCAUUUGAUAGUCAGGUUUGUAUGUUAGAGUUUGGUUCAAUGGCAUAUGACAAAACCCAAUUAGAUUUGGACUGGUGGAUACCGGAUGGCAGUGAUACGCCGAUGCCAUAUGUUGAUUUCUCAGAUUAUGUACCUGCGAAUGAUUGGUUUACAGAUGGAGAAGCAGAACGACAUAUUAGACAUGAAGAUCGAGUACAUCAGUUGAGGUCUGUAAAACGAUAUCGAGUUAGAGAACAUUUGAUUGGAUCAACGAAACAUGAAAGAUAUUAUCCAGUUCUACGUUAUUUAAUACGUAUUUAUCGUAAUCCAAGUUUUCACUUAUUUAUUUUAAUUGUUCCAUGUUUGUUAUUAUCACUGCUAAGUUUGGUGGUCUUUUGGUUACCACCGGACUCAGCCGCGAAAAUGAUGCUAGGCAUAAACAUCUUCGUGGGAUUUUUCGUAUUACUAUUACUAUUGGCAAAAUCAAUGCCUAGUGCAAUCAAAAAUUUCCCUAUAAUAGGUAUUUUCUUUUGCUUAAAUAUGGUCAUGGUCACAUUGUCAAUAUUUAUGGCUACUUGGGUAGUAAAUUUAUUUUAUAAAGGAAAUGAAGGUCAAGCAGUUCCAUUUUGGAUUCGUCGAUUUAUCAUUGAUGGAUUAGGUCGUAUGUUAGGAAUUCGGCAAAUAAUUCCAUUAAUUGAUAAAUCACAACGUUUAGAUCCAAAAAUAUCUUCUUUAAACAUUUCAAUAAAUGAAACUAAUUCAAUACAAAUGAAUUAUCAUGAUAAUUAUUCAAUGAUAAAUGAUGAUGAUAAUAAUCAAAUUAAUAAUUUUUCUAAUAAAAAACAAUUAAAACACAAUAUUCAUUUAAAUAAUGAAAUAGUUUCUAAUCAUAUAAAUGAAAUGAAACAUAAUGAAUUGAAACAAUAUUCAUAUAAUAUAAAAGAAUUUCUACAACAUAUAAAUAUAAAACAAAUUAAAUCUUCACAUAAAAAUUCAUUAGGUACUGAAUGGCGUAUAUUGGCAUUAAUUAUUGAUCGUUUAUUUUUUAUUAUUUAUUUAUUUACAUUAAUUACUAUUGCUGGUAUUGUUAUUUUAAAAACUGAUUUGCCUGAUACAACAUUACAAUUAAUAAAUCGUAAUGUAGUUGAUCUACAAUAA